GAAAAAGCAAAAGCAGCUAUUUACCAGUUUUGACUCGCUAUCAGGGCAUGCAUCUCAUGCUCAAAAAAUCUUUCCUCCCAAAUUUAUUGAAUUUCAAUCUUCUGUCACAGUGAAAAAAUAAAUCCGAUUUUUCUAUCUGUUGAAGAAAACACAGUUCGAUUUUUUCUCAUUUUCUCCUUAAAAAAAGAAAAAAAGAAAAAAGAGCUCUUCUUUUGAAAUGGGAGAAGCCAUGAAAGAUCAGCAGCAGCAGCUUCUCGCUUCAGUUCGAUCCACCGUCUUCAAAGAAUCCGAAACCCUGGAAGGCAGCUGCGAGAGGAUCUCCGGCUACGAUUUCAAUCGCGGCGUUGAUUAUCCAGCCCUCAUGAAAUCAAUGGUCUCGACCGGAUUCCAGGCGUCCAAUCUCGGAGAAGCCAUCGAGAUUGUGGAUCAGAUGCUAGAUUGGAGGCUCGCGGACGAUGAACCGGCAGAAGAUUGUAGUGAAGAGGAGAGGGAAUUAGGGUUUAGGGAGUCUGUUAGAUGCAAGGUUUUUCUGGGGUUCACUUCAAAUCUCAUAUCAUCGGGCGUUCGAGAGACGGUUCGGUUUCUCGUCGAACAUCGUAUGGUAGAUGUAGUGGUUACUACUACCGGUGGUGUAGAAGAGGACAUUAUAAAAUGCCUUGCCCCCACAUAUAAAGGUGAUUUUUCGUUGCCUGGUGCUUAUUUGCGGUCAAAAGGAUUGAAUCGUAUCGGAAACUUGUUGGUGCCGAAUGACAACUACUGCAAAUUUGAGGACUGGAUCAUUCCGAUAUUUGACCGUAUGUUGCAAGAGCAGUUUGAAGAGAAUGUACUUUGGACACCAUCAAAGCUGAUAGCGCGCCUUGGAAAGGAGAUAAAUGAUGAGAGUUCAUACCUUUAUUGGGCAUUCAAGAACAACAUUCCUGUCUUCUGCCCAGGCUUAACUGACGGUUCAUUGGGCGACAUGUUGUACUUCCAUUCCUUCCGCAAACCUGGUUUAGUUAUUGAUGUUGUCCAAGACAUAAGGGCCAUGAAUGGGGAAGCUGUUCAUGCAGGUCCUAGGAAGACAGGCAUGAUAAUUCUUGGAGGGGGGCUGCCAAAGCACCACAUCUGCAAUGCCAAUAUGAUGCGAAAUGGUGCGGAUUUUGCUGUUUUUAUUAAUACAGCGCAGGAAUUUGAUGGGAGUGAUUCUGGUGCUCGUCCUGAUGAGGCUGUAUCGUGGGGAAAGAUACGGGGUUCUGCAAAAACUGUUAAAGUCCAUUGCGAUGCAACUAUAGCUUUCCCCUUACUGGUAGCUGAAACUUUUGCAAAAAAGGUGAAGAAAUCUGCUGACACGGGGCAUGAUUCUAUUGUUGCUGUCAGAUUCUAGCUGCACUAACCUUACCUUGAAGCUCGUACAAGGAAGUGGGAUCUGUCACAUCUAGCAAUCCAGAUCAUAGAUCUGAUUGGCCUUGCCUUGGAUGGGGAAUGACCCAAAAAUCUCCCGAAUUAGAAGAUCAGAGACUUCAAAUCUUAGGCCUUCUUUCAGAUGAAUGUGGAUGGGUCCUAUGUACUGUUCUUAAUUGCUUAUUUGCAUGCAAGGGAUUGAAGGGUUAAAAUAGUUUCAUUGGGAGAUUUGUUGGGUGUGCCAAUCCACAGUGGGGGCAAUUGGAUUAACAUUUUGGUCACCGAAUUGUUGGCACAUGCAGUUUUCUUUAAUAUGGUGGAUGAGAGCGGAAGAGAUGAAAAUGCGAUAUCGCAAUGGACAACAGCAAGAAGGAUGAUAGCAUAUCGUUCAACAGAAUCAUGAUAGUGUUUAGGAAUGUAACUUUAUACGAAGUGUGAAUGUGCUCAUAUGAUUUUUUUUAAUCAACAACAAUUUCUUUAACCUUUAAUUAAUGUCUUGAUUUACUUCA